AUGGAAAAAUAUAAUUUGAAAGAAGAUAAUAUCAUGGAUCCAGAUAACAGUGAUAAUCCAAAUAUUAAUGAUAACCCCAAUAGUAGGGAUAAUCCAAAUGAUAGGGAUAACCUUAAUAAUAAUGAUAACCUUAAUAUUAAUGACAACCCUAAUAAUAAUGACAACCCUAAUAAUAAUGACAACCCUAAUAAUAAUGACAACCCUAAUAAUAAUGAUAACCCAAAUAUUAAUGAACAAUACUUGAACAACUUAUUAAUAAAAGAAGGAGAUAAUUAUAUUGAUGAGGAUUUGUUGGUAUAUACAAGAAAUGAAUUUCUUUAUGCUUAUAAGGAAUUAAUAUUAGAUAAAAAGGGUCUGGGAGAAGAUCAUGAAUUACCUUUAUGUAGUAAUAAAUUUAAAUUUCCAGAAUUAGAAAAAAAUAUUCGAAACUUUGAUGAAGAUAAUGAUCAACAAUAUAAUGUAUCUUUUGAAAGGGACUUUGAUAAUAGGAGAUUAAAUGAUGAGCACGAUUUUAAUAAUGAAAAAAAUAGAUAUAAAAAUAGAAACGAAUUCUUUUACAACAACAACAAUAAUAAUAAUAAUAAUAAUUAUAAUUAUAAUAAUAAUAAUAAUAAUAAUAAUAAUAAUGAAAGAAACGAUUUUUAUUGUAGAAAUAAUUUAAAUGAUUCAUUUGAUUCAUUAAAUAAUAAUGAUAAUAAUAAUAAUAUGAAUAGGAGAAGUAACUUUUCUAUACGAAAUAAUAAAUUUAAUAAAUUUCAUGACAAUAAUAUGUCAAACUUAAACAAUAAUAAUAAUAAUAAUAAUAAUCACAAUAAUAAUAAUUUUGAUCAUAACAAUAGAAAUAGUUAUAAAAAGAGUAAUUAUGCUACAGAUAAUAGUAACAAUAAUAAUAAUAAUAAUAAUUUAUAUAAUAAUAAUAAUAUGAGUGGUACUAAAAAAUUGUUAUGGAGAGAUAGUGAUAAAACAGGAAGUAUGUCCACGUGGCGCUUAGGAAAAAAUUCUGUAUCAAAUCAUAGUUCUUCAAUGAAUCAUAUGAAUAAUAAUAUGAACAAAUUAAAUAAUACAAAUAUGAUGAUGUCCCAUAAUAAUAACAAAAUGGGUGAUAAUAAGAGAGGACAUAAGACAUUUAAUAAAAAUUAUAAUAAUGAUACAAGGAGUAAUAUAUCUAGUGAUAUGAAAAAUAGUACAUCUCAUGAGAUCAACGUGGAUAAUAUGAAUAAUUACAUGCACCAUUUUUAUAAUAAUAAUAAUAAUGAUAUGGCAAAAAUGAAUAAUAAAAAUAAUUAUACUAAAGAUAGAAAUAUAAUACACAUGAAAAGAGAAGAUUAUUAUACAAAUGACAGCCAUUAUAAUGAUGGAUUGAAUAAUACAAAUAAUAUUAAUCAUAUGAAUAAUAAUAAUAAUAAUAAUAAUAAUAAACAUAUGAACCAUUUUGGAAAUAAUCAACUUCCUUAUAUUCAACAUAUGAAUAAUAAUGAACGUGCAGCAGGUGGACCAAACGAUAUUGUUGCUGAUCAUUCCAAAAGAAAUGUAGAAAAUUUUAACAAUCCAAAUUUUGUCAGUGUAAGCAAAAGCAGUAACAUCCAAAAUAACCCAGCAAAUUAUUAUAAUAAAGGUGUUAACAAUGUAACCAAGAAGGGAAGCGAAAUGUAUAAUACUUCUUCUUAUUAUGGGCUCUCUCCUAAUAUUAAUAAUAAUAUCGAUGAUUGGAAAAUGAAAAAAUACAAAAAAUUUAACAAUAAUAAUGUGAAUAAUGUGAAUAAUGUGAAUAAUGUGAAUAAUAUGAAUAAUGUGAAUAAUGUAAAUAAUGUGAAUAAUGUGAAUAAUGUAAAUAAUGUAAAUAAUGCAAAUAAUGUAAAUAAUGUAAAUAAUGUAAAUAAUGUAAAUAAUGUAAAUAACCUAAAUAAUGUAAAUAAUAGUGCUCAUUAUAAUAAUCAUCAUAAUUUAAAUAGUACAGGUGUUCAUGAAUCGUAUCGUUUGAUAGAAGAAAAGUUUAAAAAGGAUAGCAAUCAAAAUGAAUAUCCAAACAACCUAUAUAUGAAUAAAAAUAAUGAAAUGAAUAAAAUGGGCCCCAAUUCUAUAACCCUUAUUCGAGAUAACAACAACAACAAUAAUAAUAAUAAUAAUAAUAAUAAUAAUAAUAGUAAUAACAAUUUCAAUUAUAAUAAUAACUUUAAUUAUAAUCAACAUCAAUAUGGACAAAAAGGAAGUACCAAUGUGAAUCUCACAAAUAAUAUAAAUACACCUAAUAAUGCUAAUAAUACUUUUAAUUAUAUGAACAAUGUAACUAAUAUUAACGAUGUCGUAGAAAAAAAUAAAGGAUAUUAUAAAGACUCCUCAAAUAAAAAUAUGAACAACAAUAAUAUUGUCAAUAAUAAUACUACUGUUUUUGAAAACGUGGAAAAUAAUUUAGCUAAGAAAAGUGAAAAAAGUAAUACCCCUUCACAUCACUCUUUUGAUAACGCAAAAAAUCAAACCACCAACUUUACUGCAUCACAUUAUUAUAAUAAAAACUUAAGAACCAAUGAAAAAAGAAACUCAAAAAAUGAAAAAAGUGUUAUAGAAGAUGAUUGGAGUUUAAUAAGGAAAAAAAGUAGCAUCACAGAUAAUAAAAAGGCAUCUGAUGAUCUGUUGUGGCAUAAAAUGAGUGAACAAUUUGAUAGAAAUAAUAAAACCAUAUUAGAAUUGUCAGAAAAAAAAAAAGACCAACUUACCAAUAAAAAUGAUAAUAAACCAGAAGCAAAAAAUAAAAAUAAGGAAUCAUCAAAGGAUAAAAAAAAUGAAGGAUGUAACGUAAAUAAUAAGAAGGAUGAAAAAAAUAAUAAUAAUAAUAAUGACGAUCCAGAUAAUAAUAACAAUAAUAAUAGUAAUUAUAAUACUAGUACUGCUCCUUUAACAAAUACUACCAUUACAUGUGUAAAAGGAAAAAACACAAAUAGCAACAACAACAAUAAUAAUAAUAAUAAUAACAAUAAUAAUAACAAUAAUAACAACAAUAAUAAUAAUAAUAAUAAAAGUAAUCGUAUGUAUGGAAUGGCCACUUCAUCAAAUAACAAGGAACAUCAUGUAGACAGAAAUAAUUACAAUAAAGAUAAAAUUGUGAAUAAUAACAUGUCCGUUUUAAAAAAUAAAAAAAACAAUGAAAGUGUGUUUACCAGUGGAAGUAAUAUAAAUAGUGUGAAUAAUAUGUUUAAGGAAAACGAAAUGAAUGUAGAGAAAAAAAAAAAAAAAAAUGUAGAAUUAAAUAUUCAUGGUGAAAAAAAUGAUAACCAAUUAAAUUCAAAAGACGGUAAUAAUUCACCCAGUAAACUUAACAGUAACCAAAAUAAUAAUAAUAAUAAUAAUAAGCAGAAGAAAAAAAAAAAGAAAAAUGAAAAAGAUAAUAAAUUGACCAAAAAUAUAGAAGAUAAUGAUGUGAGCAAAAAAUUGUACAAUGCAUUAGAUAACAUGGCAUCGGAACUAGAAAAAAAAGAUAUUUUGUUAAAUGGGAAUGAUGAAAAAACAAAUAAUAAUAUUCAUAAUAAUGAAAAUCAUAAAUCUUAUGUUCCUGAAAAUUAUGUAUUUGGAGAUAACCAAAUUAAUAAUUAUUAUUGGAAUAAACAACAAAAUAAUAAUAGUACAUAUGAAUUAGAUCAUAAUAAUAAUUUGAUGCAAAAAAAUAUUAUGUUGAUGGAUAAUAUUCCUCAAGAUAGUUUAUUACAAAAAAUUAAAAAUAAUAAUAUGAGUGUAGAAAAUUUAAAUAAUGCUCUUUUAAAUACUCAUGUUAAUAAAAAUAUGGAAAUGAUGAAUAUAUUUAAAAAUAUGAAAAAGGAACAUUCAAAUGAAUCUUUUACUCAUAAUGAUAAUGAGGUAUAUAAUAAUACAGAGGAAUUAAAAUUAAGAGAAUUCAAAAAUAAAAAUAAUAAUAUGAAUUUUACAAAUAAUAAUAUGAAUUUUACAAAUAAUAAUAUGAAUUUUACAAAUAAUAAUAUGAACCUAACAAAUAAUAAUAUUAAUUGUGAUCAAUCACCAUUUGAGGAAAAUUUUUCUAAUGACCACUUUCAAUAUCUUGGACAUAGCAUAAAUGAAAAUAUAGACAAAAGGAGAAGUGUAUCUAACAUGCAUAUGUCACAUGUGAAUAGAAAUAGUUUUGUAGAAAGACAAAAGGAAUAUUUAGUAAGCGAUGAAAAUAUGACAUUUAGAUUAGAUAAUCAAAUGAUAUUUAAGAAAAUUGCAGAAACACUUAAUAUUGAUGAAUCCGUUUUGAAUAAGUUAAGUGAUUAUGAUAAACAGGAGCUUUUAAAACAUUUGUCUUUGAAUAACACAAAUGUUGUAAACACAUUAGAAAAUAAUAAUAAUGAUAAUAAUAAUAUGUAUAAUACAUACCAUAUGAACAAUAAUAAUAAUAUGGUGUUGAAUAAUUUUCAUAAAAAUAAUGUUCCACAAGGUUAUCGUGAUGAACUUGUAGAAGAUAAUGUACAUGCAAAUGUUGAUAUGUUAAAAAACAGAUGUAGUGAAAAAAUAAAUUCUAAUGCACCUUCGAAUGUAUAUUCUGAAUGUAUGUUGAAUAAAUCUCAUGAAGAAAAUAAAUCAGAUGAUAUGAAUAAUGAUAAUAUCAAUAAUGACAAUAAGGUCAAUAAGGUCAAUAAGGUCAGUAAUGACAAUAAUGACAAUAAUGAGGAUGAAAAUAAUAAAAGUACAUGUAAGGGAUCUAAAAAUGAUAACAAAUGGUUACGUUUUUUUAGAUUUAACAAAAAAACGAAUCCAAAUGAAGAAAAGAUAUUAAAAGAAUUGUCACAAGAAGAAGAUACAAAUAAAAAUGGUCUUGGGGAAAUCAUAAAUGGUACAAAUAAUAAACAAGAUAUUAAUAGUAAUAGUUGUAGUAGUAGUAGUAGUAAUUCUUUAAAGAAAUAUUCAAAUAUCAUGGAGAACACAAAUAAGAAUGUAAAUAAUAAUAGUAAUCAUAUGAAUGAUAAUAAUAUUAAGAUGAACACUGUAGAUACAUAUAUACCAUGUGAUAUUAAUGAAAAUAAAAAAGAACAAUUAUUUUUAUUAGAAAAAUCAACUUCAAAUUGUGAUGAAGAAACAAGACAUAGAAAUAAUACCAGCAUAAGUAGUAGUGUUAAUGUAACCUUAGAUAAAAGUACCAACUCUACAUAUCAAAGAACGAACUCCUCAAUGAUCAUUAUGCAAAAUGUUAUAGGAAAAAAUAAUAAUAAUAAUGAUACAGUAGGAAAUUCAAGUAGUACAGAAGAUAUUAACAAAGUCACAAAAAAUGCUCUUGUAAUAAAAGAACAACAUAAAGUAAAUGAAGGACCAUUAAAAGUUGAUGAUAAUGAUGAAGAAAAUAAUAGUAUCUUAAAAAAUAUUAAAAUUAUGAAUAAAAUAAAUAAAUUAAAUGGAGAUAUAUGGCAAUAUAAAGAUCCAAGUGGUAAUGUACAAGGACCUUUUUCUUCAGAACUUAUGUUUUAUUGGUGGUGUCUAAAUUAUUUUCCUUAUGAUUUGCCUAUCCGUUUUAAUGAAAGUAUGCCAUGGGUUCGAUUUAAUGACAUGUUUCCCUUCGGAUCUAUUCCUUUUGUACUUCCUUUAACCCCUAUGAAAAAGAAUUUGAAGAAUGUAGAACUCGAGGACGACUUUGGUAGUUUUAAUAGUAACAUAAUGAAAAAUAAUAAUAAUAAUAAUAAUAAUAUGGUUAGUGCUCAUAUGAUGUAUAAUAACAUGAAUGGUCGCAUAUUAAAUAAUAUGAACAAUGUUAAUCUGAUCAAUGCUGAACCAUAUAAGAAUAUCCUAUCGGAUAAUAACAAUUUGAAGUAUCUUCCAUUUAACAGAAGUGCAGGCGAAGCAAUGUAUAAUAUAAAUAAACAAGAAUAUAUGGACGAUUUAAAACAAGAAUUAUACAAGGCGAAAGAAUAUAUUGAUUUGCUUAAAGAAAAAAAAAUGCAACUUGAAACAUGUAUCAUGCAAUUACGAAAAAAAGAUCAAACAGAUGAAGACGAAAUAAAGACUAUUGCUCAGUAUAACAAAAAUUUGGAAGUGUUGAAAAGAAUGAUUGAUGUGGAGCAAGAAAAAUUUCUAAGAAUGUGCAAUAUGAACAAUAUGAAUAAUGUGAACAAUGUGAACAAUGUGAACAAUAUGAACAAUAUGAAUAAUGUGAACAAUGUGAACAAUGUGAACAAUAUGAAUAAUGUGAACAAUGUGAACAAUAUGAACCAUAUGAACCAUAUGAACAAUAUAAACAAUAUGAAUAAUAUACAUAAUAACGUACAAUAUAUGAACAAUAUAGAAAUCGAGAACACAACUCAUCCAUAUACAACAGUUGGAGACAAUAAAAAGGAUUGUUUUGAUAUAUUAAAUAAUCAAAUGAGAUCUGAAAAUUUGAAAAACGUAUUAAAGGAUGUCUUAAAAAUGAAUACUCCAGGUAGUACUAUGACAAAUAAUUAUCAUAUGAAUAUAAAAGAAAACAAUGGUACUACAUUAAGAGAUUCUCAUCAUUACGUCACAACAACAACAAAUAAUAAUAAUAACAAUAAUAAUAAUAACAAUAAUAAUAAUAAUAAUAAUAAUAAUAAUAACCCUUCUAGUAGUAAUCUCAUUAAUACGUUGAAUACAUUUCUAUCCGAUAAAGAUAAUUCUUUGCAUGCUGUGAACCCAUCCGUACUACUUAAUGAUAAAUUAAAUUAUCUAACGAACACAUUAUUGCAAAACAAAAAAGAAAAUAUUCUUCUCAAUCUAAAUAAUAAUAUGAACGAAAUAGAUAUUUUAAACUUUCUUCAUAUGGAGCAUAAAAAAAAUAUGUCUCUUACUCAAGAAAAUAUUACUCCACAAAAUGAAAAAGAUACUUAUAAUGAAAGUGCAAAUAAGAGUUUAUAUAAUGAUAUGGAUUUAAAUCACAACAACAACAACAAUAAUAAUAAUAAUAAUAAUAACCAAAUAGAUAAUCUCUUACAUAAAUUUACCAUGAAUAAUGAUGCCAUACAUUUAGAAAAUGAAAAAAACACACUAAAAAUAAUAAACGAGAACCUACCAAAUAAGCAAACUAAUAAUAAUGUAAAUCCAGAAACAUCAUCGGUUACAUACAAUAAUAAUAAAAAAGUAACUAGUGGAGAUAAAAUGAUUACAACUCUUGAUAAUAAUAGUAUACAUAAAGAUAAUACUAUUAAAAAUGAGGAUACCAAAAAAAGAAAAUCAAUUGUAACCACAACAACAACGGUGGUUAAGGAACAAAAAAAAAGUGAACAACUUGAUGACAAGGUUAAUAAAAAUAAUAAUGCCUCCUUAACAAAAAAAGAAAAAAAAAAUAAAAAAGAAGAAAAUAAAAUUUUAGAUACUGAAAAAGAAAAAUUAAAAAAGAAAAGCCAAGUUAUUGAAAAUAGCUCAAAAGAACAAUUAGCUGAUUUAAACAAAGAUAAAAAAACAAAAAAUAAAAAAAAGAGAAAAGAUGAAGGAAUGGAUAAUACAAUAAAUAACAACAAUAAUGUAGUACCAACCAAUGUUGUACAAAAACAAACAAAUAAAAGUCAAGAAACUUUAAAUCAAGUUUUAAAAGAAGAAACUAUACAAAAAAAACAUAAAAAAGAUAGUAAAGUGUUAAUACAUUCAAAAACAGAAGAAGACAAAAAAAAUAUUAUCAAAAAUGACAACAAAAAUAAAAAUAAUCAAAAUAAUCAUAUUAUUAAUAACAAUCAAGUUUUAAGUAAUAAUGUUGAAGAGAAAAAAAAAGGAAGCAUAAUAGAAAUUAGCAAAAAUGAUAAAAUAAAUGAUAAAACAAAAGAAAAAAUAAAUGAUAAAACAAAAGAAAAAAUAAACGAAAAAAUAAAUGAAAAAACAAACGAAAAAGCAAACGAAAAAACAAACGAAAAAGCAAACGAAAAAGCAAACGAAAAAGCAAACGAAAAAACAAAAGAAAAAACAAAAGAAACAACAGAUUCCAAUAAAAAUGAAACAAAUAAUAAUGUACCAAAAAAAAAAGUCGAAAAAAUGAAAUGGACUAUAGUAAGUGAGAGAAAAAUAGAUAAACUAGUAGAUAUAAUGAAAGGAGAAGAAAAAAAUAUAAAUAUGCAAAUUAAAUUAGAGAAUUCAAAAAAAAAAUUAUUAAAUAAUAAUAUCAAUAAUAAUAUUAAUACUAAAAAAUCUGGAUGGGAAAUCAAUCAUAAUAAUAAUGAAAAAAAUUCAGAUGUUGCAGACUUUCCAUAUUUAACAACAGGUGUUAAAACAAAUAAAGUUAAAACAUCAAAUAAAAAUACAGUAAAUAAUAAAGUUAAUACAAUCAAUCAAGAACUUAAUAAUGUAGACAAAAAAAAUAAUAACAAUAAUAAAUCUAAUGAUAAAAAAAAAUGGAAAAAUGAUAAUCAUGAUAAUAAUGUAUCAAUUGCUGAAGAAAAUAAAAAAUUUCCUCCACUUGUUAAUUCUCUUAACGUUAAAUCCGAAAAUAAGAAAAAAUCAAUUUCCCAUGAACACCAAGCAACAGAUUUAAAGCAGUUAACAGCAUUGUGCAAAUUACCCUUGGAUGAUUCAUUGCUAAACUUUUUGAAAAAUUUUAAAAAAGCUGAUGAAAUAUAUGCUUUUCUUCAACAUAGUGUAGAGGAUAAAAAAAAAUUAAACCAUUUUGCUAAUGAAUUUAUCAGAAUAAACAAUAAAAAUAAUACAAAUAAUAAUGAAAAAAAAAAGAAAUAA